AAGGGGACAAGCUCUGCAAAAGAGAAAGUGUUAGACGGCAGAUGGGAUGUAAAAGAGUGAGAGAGUGGGAUGCUUCGUCUCCUUAUAUGGGCAAAUGAUAUGGAGGGCUCCCGGGGCGCUGCUAUCCGAGUCUGCCUGUACACACCGCACACCCGCCCGGGACACACAGCCGACACCGCCAGUGACACCGCACCGCCGCCGCCACCGCCCAGGACAGAACCACUGAACACAAGGGGGACCAGGAAAUUGACACUCCUGGAAGAGUCUUCAGUCGAUUAUUUCCUUUCAUUAGAGUGGUAGAAGUUAAAAAACUAUUACAUUGAAAAUGACCGAGCGCUUUGACUGCCAUUACUGCAAGGAAUCUCUGUUUGGAAAGAAAUACCUGCUGAGGGAAGAGAACCCAUACUGUGUGAAAUGUUUUGAAAGCCUCUACUCCAACACAUGUGAGGAAUGCAAGAAACCCAUCGGAUGUGAUGGCAAGGAUCUUUCGUACAAGGAUCGUCACUGGCAUGAAGGCUGCUUUCAUUGUUUCCAGUGCCAGCGCUCGUUGGUGGACAAACCCUUUGCAGCAAAAGAUGAACACCUAAUUUGUACAGACUGUUAUUCUAAUGAAUAUUCUUCCAAGUGCAAUGAGUGCAAGAAAACAAUAAUGCCAGGAACACGUAAGAUGGAAUAUAAGGGAAAUAGCUGGCAUGAGACCUGCUUUGUGUGUUCCCGCUGUCAGCAACCAAUAGGAACGAAAAGCUUUAUCCCUAAGGAGAACCAGAACUUUUGUGUGCCAUGCUAUGAAAAGCAGUUUGCAAUGCACUGCAUCCAGUGCAAAAAAGCCAUCACCACUGGAGGUGUCACCUACCGAGAUCAGCCCUGGCAUAAAGAAUGCUUUCUUUGUACAGGAUGCAAGAAACCUCUGUCGGGACAACGAUUUACUUCUAGAGAUGAAUUUGCCUAUUGUCUGAACUGCUUCUGCAACUUGUAUGCCAAGAAAUGUGCUGCUUGUACUACCCCCAUAAGUGGGCUUGGAGGAACAAAAUACAUAUCCUUUGAGGAGCGUCAGUGGCACAGCGAUUGUUUUAACUGUAAGAAGUGCGCCAUCUCCUUGGUGGGCCGUGGCUUUCUUACAGAAAGAGAUGACAUUCUGUGUGCUGAAUGUGGCAAAGAUAUAUAACAAUCAUAUGAUGGAUCAAAAGCAGCAAGUUAACAUACACGCGUUUUCCUAAGACAUAUAUUUGACAUGUCCUUUUUCCAUAAUAAAAAAAAAGUUAUGGCA